UCGCCAGGGCAUAGAAGUCUUUACGGCACUUCCUUCAAACGCAAACCAUCGCGAGACAUUCUCAUCCCUGAUUUCUCGCGCACGAUCAGAUUCACUUUCCCCAUUUUCUCUCUAACCUUUCUAGAGAUAUGAAUACCCUUAUUUACCAAACUCUUGCUAACCUCCAAUUCGGCCGUAAUUGGGAGCGGCUUUGCUGUUCGAUCUUUUAUCAUGGUUCCAGGUUUGGGUGUUGUUGUGUGGCGGUACGUUGUAUGCAACCGCGAAGGUCAUAAGCAUUUUGCAUCAACCUACAACAAACCCACUCACAACGAUGGAGACUUGCCCAAGGCAAAACAGAGGAGACGCAUUUCCAAUCGUGUUGAUUGCAAGGCGCGUGUGGCGUUUAGGCUCACGGGUGGUGUAGGCUACUCCAUAUCAUCAUUCAUUGAAAGUCAUAACCAUCCCAUGAUGUCCCUUCAAUCUAGGCCCUUUUUGAAAAUCAACAGAAAUCUAGAAAUUGGCCACAAGAAGUUUAUGUUGAAUUGUGCAAAGGCGAACAUUGGCCCUAUGAAGUCCCACCGAUUGUUUAAGGAAUCAGUUGGUGGCUUUAAUAAUGUGGGUGCCACUGCAAUUGACUUCAAAAAUUUCAAACGAUACUUGAAGGCAUAUAUUGCAGGCGUUGAUGCUCAAAUGCUCAUUGACAAACUAUUCAGAAAGAAACAAACAUGCUCUGCAUUCCAUUUUGACUAUGAUGUUGAUGAGAGUGACCAGCUAACUAGGGUAUUCUGGUGCGAUCCUAUUGCUAAGAAGAACUACGCAAUGUUUGGAGAUGUCAUUUCAUUUGAUGCAACCUUCAACACAAAUAUGUACAAAAUGGUUUCUACACCAUUUACUGGUGUAGAUAAUCACCGCAGAUGUGUAACGUUUGCAGCUGGUCUGCUGCGCAGAGAAGAUGUUCCUUCGUACAGAUGGUUGUUCAAUCGCUUUCUUGAUGCAAUGGGUCAUGCACCGCAAUGCAUAAUCACGGACCAAGACGCUUCUAUGGCUAUUGUUAUUCCAGAGGUUUUCCCAAACACAGUCCAUCGUCUCUGUAUGUGGCAUAUUACCAACAAAAUUACGUCCAAAGUUGACAAUGAACUUGCAAAAGAUCAGGACUUUUUGACAAGGUUAAACUCUGUAAUAUGGAGUCAUUACCUCGAGCCUGAAGACUGGGAAAAACAAUGGCAUGAGGUAUUAGUUGAUUAUGAUCUGGAUUCUGAUUCAUGGUUUUGCAAUCUUUUUGCUAUUCGUAAAAGCUGGAUUCCCGCAUACUUUAGGGAUUUGUUCAUGAUUGGUUUACUACACACAACAUCACGUUCUGAGAGCGAGAAUAGCUUUUUUGGUGAUUUCAAAAAUACCUUCUUCACUCUUGUCGAGUUCUAUAUGCAAUUUGAAAGUGCUAUGGACUCCCAACGACAUAAAACUGCAGACUUGGAUGCAGAUUCAGAAGCAUGCACCCCUGUUUAUAAAACACCGCUUGCAAUUGAGAAACAUGCAGCAUCCAUCUACACUCUGAGCAUCUUCUACGAAGUACAAACAGAGAUAUGUGCAUCAUGCUUCUCGUGCAGCGUGCUACAGGUGGACAAGAAGGAGCAUACGUUAACAUUUGUUGUGCAGGAUUCCCGAGAUAUGGUUGUUAACGUUGAACAUUCAACCUUAGAAGGCUCUUUCUUCUGCACAUGUAAAUAUUGGCAGCGCAUUGGUCUGCUGUGCCGUCACAUAUUCUUGGUGUUCAAGGGACUGAGAAUCAAACUGAUUCCAGAACGUUAUAUUACCAAUAGAUGGUGUAAAACACCACUCCUGAAGCCACUGAUCGAUGUUUCUAGCCUGGACUUUACCUCGGAAUCAUCCGUUGACGAAAACAAAUUAAUACUCAACCGCCUAUGGUCUAACAUUCACUCUUGUUUUGCACUCAUUGAAAAUAACCCCGAGUUAUUAUGUGCUUUCUCCAAGGUAAUUACUGAACAAAAGGAGCUCAUUCAAUCUGUUGUUUCCUCCCAGGAUGCAGGUACUGAAGAACCUAACCUCUUUGAAAAUUACUGUGGUGUUCCCGCUCCAUCAGUGAUUAAAGUGCUUCCACCUCAACCAGCUCACAACAAGGGUAGUGGUAAGCGCAUCAAGAGUGCUAAAGAGCUCCAGAUUGAACAAAGCAAGAAGAACAAACGCUUGUGUCAAACUUGCAAAGAGCUAGCCUAUCACGAUAGUGAACAUCAAGUGCCUACACCAAUGGACAAGCUCACAAUCGAUGACAAGAAAAAGCUCUCUUUGAAUGCCAAAGCAUUAAACGUAUUGUUUUGUGCAUUGGGUCAAGAUGAGUUUGCUAGGGUGAGCUCUUGCAAAUCAGCAAAGAAAGCAUGGAAGCUCCUAGAAGCCACCCAUGAAGGAGAUAAAGAUACCAAAGCUACCAAGAUAGCUUUAGGAACAUCCGAGUAUGAAAACUUCAAGAUGAAGGCCGGGGAGUCCGUUCAAGAUAUGAACAAAAGAUUUAACCUCAUCAUCAACAAUUUGAGUAAGCUAAAUAAAGUUUAUCCUACUAGUGAGAUUAACACCAAGAUUAUAUUCUCUCUUCCUAGAGAGUGGCAUAGUCUUGUUGUAAACUUGUUGCCCAAAUGUGCGGAUGUUGAAACCUCCACCAUUUGGAGCAGCCUAUACUCUCACGAGCUUCUUUUGAAGAAAAUGAAGGAAGAAGAACAUGUUCCUAUCAUCAAGAAGACCACGGCACUCAAAAUUGACGACCAUCCGGAAAGGGAAGGAGAAAGUGAUAAGGAGCUUGCCAUGUUCAAGAGAUACAAGAAGUUUAUGGAAUGGAACACGGGCGAAUCCUUAAAACGAUUUCCAUCAAAGAAAGGUAAACCUAAUCAAAUAACUUUCUAUGAAUGUGGAAAUGUAGGUCAUAUCAAACCGGAGUGCCCAAAGCUCAAAAAGAAGGAAGAGCUUAAAAAGGGGAAGAAGAAGGCAUUAAAAGUCACUUGGGACGAUUUAAACUCCGACGAAAGUGAUAAUGACCAAAGCCAAGAAGAGAACGCAAAUGCUUGCUUCAUGGCCUCCAAUAAUGAAGAAGAGGUAUCAAUUUCCCUAUUUUCGUCCAAUUUUACCAAUUUUCUCAAAAUCUCCAAAAUGAGUGAAAUUGUUUCCAAUGUUCAAACCAAUGCUCAACCCGAUGUUCAAGACGGGUUCAAGGCUUACUUCGACUCACAUAUCAUUGAGGGGAGAACCCUAAAACAAGAUGACAUUCCGGUUGCCGUUCUUGAACUUAUUCAAGAACAAGGUUGGAGUUUCUUUCUUCAACUCCAAGCCCCCGUUUACCCAGAACUUGUUCAUCAAUUUUAUUCUUCGAUGAAAUAUCAUCCCCAAGACCCUUCCAUUACCGCCGUUGUAGCCAGCAAAACCUUCGGAUUCAACACCCAAAACCUUUCCGAAUGGUUUCACCUAGAGCGUCAAGGAGUCUCCACCUAUUGUAAAAAGGGGUGGAUUACCGACUCACGAGACUUUAACUCCGGUUCUUGCCUCCGAGUGCUAAAUAACAUUGCCCUUGACCAUGUCUUUGAGGACCCGCACUACUUCCUACAUCGGCCAAAUGUCCAAGACUUGCCCGCAAAUAGGUUUAUCCUCCUCAAAAUCCUCAAAGAAAAUGUCAUUCCCGUCCUUAACAAAGAUAAGCAAGUCGGGGUUUAUGAAUGCACUCUCCUAUAUUGGCUCCUCACUCACAAGAAAAUCAAUAUCCCUUGCAUCAUCCUUAAACACAUGCACGAAUGCUCCAAUCGCCUAAACAAACCCUAUGGCAUGCUUCUUACACAUAUCUUUGCCAAGAGGGAAAUUCUUGAGGUGCGCCCGUCCCGCGUCUGCUAUCUUUACGCAGAGUGCCUUGGCUAUUGUGGCCUUGUAAAGAUUGGAGAGGAGUAUUACAUGAAGAAGGAGUUUCAAAAUCUUGAUGAGGCGACACGAGCGGAGUAUGGUCCUCGGCGUUCCAUGUCAUCUUUGCCUUCCACUUCACGCGCACCCCAGGCCGAAGCCAAAGAAAAUGCAAACACGGAGGUCCCCGUUCGUGCUCCUCGGGUCAAAUGCUCAUAGUCGGCGUCUCAUGCUUCCUCGGCCUCUCUCAUGCAUCGUCACUCUCACAUGGCUUCCACUUCCAAAAAUCCCUUUAAGAAGUUCAAGAAAUUCAUCCUCAAGAC